AUGGAGCUGUUCAUGGACCUGUUGUCUGCACCCUGCCGAGCCGUCUACAUCUUUGCCAAAAAGAACAACAUUCCCUUUGAAUUCCAGUUUGUAGAUCUGCUCAAAGGUCAGUCCCUACUGCUACCUAGGCAGGCCUGGUCCUGGGAAGAAGCCCAAGGACGCAGUGUGGCCAUCCUCUGCUACCUCUGCCGCAAGUACAGUGCACCUUCCCACUGGUACCCACCGGACCUGCAUAAUCGUGCCCGUGUUGAUGAGUUCAUGGCCUGGCACCACACAGCCAUUCAGCUGCCGAUGAAUAAGAUACUCUGGUUCAAGUUGCUGAUUCCGAUGAUCACGGGUGAGAAGGUCUCCGAUGAGAGGACAAACGAGAUACUGGAAGAUGUGAAGAAAAGCCUUUUACAGUUCGAGGAGAAAUUUCUGCAGGACAAAAUGUUCAUCACUGGGGACCGCAUUUCACUGGCUGACUUGGUGGCCUUGGUGGAGAUGAUGCAGCCCAUGGGAGGAAAACAUAAUGUCUUCCUCAACAGUCACAAGUUGGCCGAAUGGCGUAUGCGUGUAGAGCUGGCCAUUGGAUCUAACCUCUUCUUGGAGGCUCAUGACCGGUUGUUACAGUUGGCAGAAUGGGACUGUUCAACACUGGAUCCAAUGGUCAAGGAGAGGAUCCGUGGGUUUCUGCGGAAGUACAAGUGA